AUGCUGGAGCAGAACUCUGAGGGUUGGGUCCAGACUGGUUCCACUCGUUGUAAGUGUGCACCCCUUGUAAGUAUGCAGCCCCAUCCCCUGCACUGCACCUUUGCCCCAGAGGGUGGCCGAGCUGGAGGAAGGCGUGUAGGAGUAGCCCCUUUACACCGCCAGAGCCCCAGACCCUGCUCCUCGGGGCCCUCUGUGAUGGCCACCCUGCCCCGUCCAGAUUCUGGAUUGAGGGAAGCAACUGGGAGCUCAUCAAGACUGCACUGCCCAAGGCAGGAGGAGGGUACAGAGGAACAACAGACAACGGAUCCCAAAAUCCAGAAGGUGAAACUUAAUGAUGGCCACUUCAUUCCUGUCCUUGGAUUUGGAACUUAUGCACUUCCAGAGGCUGCUAAGAAGGAAGCUCUGGAAAUCACCAAAUUCGCUAUAGAGGUUGGGUUCCACCAUAUCAACUGUGCUCGUGUGUACCAAAAUGAAGAGCAAGUUGGCCAGGGCACUCGAAGCAAGAUUGCAGAUGGCACUGUGAAGAGAGAAGACAUAUUCUACACCUCACAGCUUUGGUUUACUUCCCUUCGACCAGAGUUGGUGCAACCAUCCUUGGAAAAAUCACUGAAAACUCUUCAACUGGACUAUGUUGAUCUCUAUAUUAUUCACAUUUCAGUGGCUCUGAAGCCAGGGAAGGAUUUCAUCUUUUCCAAAGAUGAAAAUGGAAAACUGAUAUUUGACUCAGUGGAUCUCUGUCUUACGUGCAGGUGAGCCCUGGAGAAAUGCAAGGAUGCAGGGCUGGCCAAAUCCAUUGGGGUGUCCAACUUCAACCACAAGCAGCUGGAAAAGAUCUUGAACAAGCCGGGGCUCAAGUACAAGUCUGUCUGCAACCAGGUGGAACGUCACCUUUAUCACAAUCAGAGUAGACUGUUGGAUUUCUGCAAGUCACAUGAUAUUGUUCUUGUUGCCUUUGAUGCUCUGGGAUCCCAACGAGUAAAAGAAUGGGUGAACCUGAACCACCCCGUUCUCUUGGAGGACCCAGUUCUCUUUGCCAUUGCCCAAAAGCACAAGCAAACCCCAGCUGUGUUUGCCCUUCACUACCAGAUACGACGUGGGGUUGUGGUUCUGACCAAGAGUUUCAACAAGAAGCAGGUCAAAGAGAACAUGCAGGUGUUUGACUUUGAACUGAGUCCAGAGGACAUGAAAGCAAUUGAUGGCCUCAACAGAAAUAGAAGAUACUGUGAAUUUCUACCUAAGUGAUUUGCAGAUGUUUCACACAUAUGUUACUUUCUGUAGCAGGCAGUUCAGUAGGGGAACUAAGCUUUUUAAAGCUUAAUUCUUGGAAGACAGUCCUGAUUUCCAGCGUAGGAGUAAACCAGGGCCUUCCUGCAGACCUCACACCAGAGGUUUCCUCUAGGGGUUCAUCUCUGACCAACAGAAAUGUGAUUGGAGCCCAGAACAGCACAUCAAUAAAAUCCUGAGAUCACAUCAUAGUGAAUUCACUACUUUGUGCCCCUGAUCCCUAUGCCUAGUGUACUUCCUUUCAGGGCCAAGAGACUCAGGAAACAGAUGGCACAGUGUCUGCAGCCCAGUAUUCUUUCAGGAACUUGUGAACUUAUUUCAUCUUUAAUUAUUUUUGCAUCAGGGAAAAAUAAUUAUAUUUAUAAUAAAUAUAUAAUAAUGAA